UUCAAUACUAUACAAGCUGUGCUGAUUUUGUGCUCGGGCCUCUUAGAGUCACGGGUUACAGUGCGCAGAGGACCAAGCUCAAGCUUGCAAUAAACGUCUCUUUGCUGUUUGCAUCGAUCGUGGUCUCUGGUGGUCUGUGAGGGGGCAUCCGAAACUGGGUACUUCAUCUGGGAGCUGUUGGGGAUGCCCCUGCCCCAAGCCCACCCAGACGCCUGAUCAGCAAGUCAUCUAGCUGCUGUCUCUUUCCAGAUACCACGCCGGAGAACCUACUAGGCCUUUACUUGACUCUGGUUGCUCGUCACUUCUCUCUAGAGGGCUCGGUGGUAAGUUGGGACACCGCUUCCAUUCAGUAAGCCCUCCUUCACUCACUAAAUUUUCCUCUUAAGUUUUUCUCUUUUACAUUUCCAAUGGGUUGUUGUAAGUCACGCCCAAAGGAGGAAACUCCAUUGAAAUGCCUCCUGCGUUCCCUGGAUGUCUUGUCUAUUGACUGCAUCAACAAGAAACAACUGAUUUAUUAUUGCACUCAAGUUUGGCCACAGUACCAACUGGAUAAUCGUUCUCGAUGGCCCAAAGACGGGACUUUUGACUACGUCAUUCUCAGAGAUUUAGACGAUUUUUGCCGUCGUAAUGGUAAAUGGUCUGAGGUCAUUCAUAUUCAGCCAUUCUUUGCUCUCCGGGACAACCCUGCCCUAUGCCAAUCAUGCCCGGCCUUUCCACUCCUCCUGGCACGUGGAGAACCCAGCUCUGAUAGCGCAGGGCCCCAUCCGGAGCCUGAUGUGGCUGACCCUCUUUUUGACUCUGCCCCUCUUCCUGCUGAGCAUCUGGUGCCUUCCCCACCUUCUUCACUCUCCUCUCCUUCACCCUCUCUCUCUUCCCCCCCUGCAGCUCACACCCGGUCUCGCACUGGUGGCACACAACCUCCACCAGACCCCAUGUGCCCUUUGCGAGAGGUGGCAGGGGCUGAAGGUGUAAUUAGGGUGCAUGCGCCAUUCUCAAUGUUUGAUAUUGCUCAGAUUGAGAAGAGGCUGGGAUCUUAUGCCCAAGAUUCUAAUAAUUAUGUUAAGCAGUUUAAGAACCUGGCUCAGACCUAUGACCUUACUUGGCAGGACAUAUAUCUAAUACUAUCCUCUACCCUUACUGCUGAGGAAAAAGAAAGGGUGUGGACUGCAGCCCAGGCACAUGCCGAUGAAGCUCACCGCCUAGAUAUUAACUUUCCAGUGGGAGCAACAGCUGUGCCUAGGGAAGAGCCCAAUUGGAAUUAUCAACAUAAUGCUCCUGGGCGGGAAAGCAGAAAUAGGAUGAUAACUUGCUUAGUGGCUGGCCUUCAAAAGGCAGCCUAUCUCCCUGUUAAUUAUGACAAAUUAAACCACAUUACUCAAAGGCCCAAUGAAAACCCGGCAGAAUUUCUUGAGCGCCUUACAGUAGCGCUCCAGCGCUAUACAAGGCUGGACCCAGAGUCACCAGAGGCUAAGGUGGUUCUCAAUACGCAUUUUAUUGCCCAAUCAGCCCCUGAUAUUAGGAAAAAGUUAAAAAAGGCUGAGAACGGUCCUCAGACCCCUCAACGAGAUCUGGUGAGUAUGGCAUUUAAAGUUUUCAAUAAUCGAGAGGAACAGGAGAUUGCCGAUAAGACUGCCCGUGAGAGGGAGAACUAUCAAAUCCUGGCUGCUGCCAUCCGGCCUCCUCUGAGGAGAGGCACCCAACAUACACCACCUGGAGCAUGCUUCAAGUGUGGGCAAGAGGGCCACUGGGCGAAAUUCUGUCCCUCACCACGACCUCCACCUGGACCCUGCCCAAGGUGUGGGCAGCAAGGACAUUGGGGAGUCGAUUGCCCCUCCUCACCUCCACAAGGUAGGCCAGCCCCUCCCCCACCCCGCCCACCCAGGCAGGCGGAGCCAGACAGGUCGGAGAUUUUCUGCUUGGCUACAGAAUGAAGGUGCCCAGGGCCACCUGCUCCCAACAACCAGACCAUCACAAUGACGGAGCCCAGGGUGUGUUUCUAUGUAGCCGGUAAGUUAAUAUCUUUUCUCUUGGAUACGGGAGCGACUUACUCGGUGCUAUGUCAAUAUACAGGCAAGACUUUUCCCUCCCAGAUCUCGGUGGUGGGUGUAGAUGGCCUACCUACCUGUCCCCCAACUACAGGACCAGUAUCAUGUAAAAUAGAAGACUUUCCCUUUUCACACUCCUUCCUAAUCCUACCUCACUGUCCUACCCCACUCCUAGGAAGGGACUUGCUCUCUAAAUUUCAAGUCUCCCUUUCAUUCCAUAUCCCCAAACAGCCUACACCUGUUCUACUUUUAUCUUUAGAUGAACCUCCACCUGUAACUUCCCAACUAGAUCCUUUCCCUUUACCUCCAGAUCUUGUCAACCCUCUUAUCUGGGAUACUUCCACUCCUACUAUGGCUAGACACCAUACUCCUGUCCUGAUUAAACUUAAAAACCCUACCCAUUUUCCUGGUACUUCCCAAUACCCCAUUUCCCUUAGGCACAGGCAAGGUUUAAAACCCAUCAUCCUUCGCCUUAUUAAACAAGGACUUCUCAGACCCACUAACUCCCCCUUUAACACCCCUAUCCUGCCAGUAGUUAAACCUGAUGGGACCUACCGCCUAGUCCAGGACCUGCGCACUAUUAAUGCUGCAGUCCUUCCCAUUCAUCCUGUUGUGCCUAACCCAUAUACCCUCCUUUCACAGAUACCUCCUGGUACCACCCACUUCUCAGUGCUGGACCUCAAGGAUGCAUUCUUCACAAUCUUGCCUCCUCCAGACUUCAUCGAAGGACUCAACACCCAAGUGACAGCUGCAGCCUGCUGCCUUC